AUGCCAGCGGCUAGUACAGAGUCCCAAGAGAAACUAUUUCACAGAACGCCAUCCAGUCCAUUAUUGAUCACUGUAUCCAAUUUCGAGAAAGUUGAAGUUGACCACAUUAGCCGAUCAAAUCCAGAGAUUUCUCAGAUAUCCGCCAGUAAGUACGAAGCUGCUCUUCAGAACCUCUGCUCUGAUGACCGUUGGCAGAAAGAUAUUGCUUUAGGCAAGAGAGUAGGAUUCUAUAGAAUUCAUGGAGAGCUGGGUUCUGGAAAUUUUUCCAAAGUGAAAGUGGCUUCUCAUUGUCUAACUAAACAAAAAGUAGCUGCUAAGAUCAUAGAUAAGUCCAGAUUAGACAUCAAGACACAACGUAUGCUAGCACGUGAGAUUAAGAGCAUGGAAAGCCUUCAUCAUCCUCACAUCAUCCGUUUGUAUGAAGUGAUAGAAGCAUUAUCGAAAGUGUACCUCAUCAUGGAGUAUGCCAGUGGAGGCGAACUCUUCCAUUGCAUCACUUCAGAAGGUCGGCUUCCCGAACAUAAAGCUAAACAUUUGAUGGCUCAGGUCGUAUCUGCUGUCAAUCAUAUGCAUCAAAACAACAUCAUUCACCGUGAUAUUAAAGCAGAGAACGUCUUCUUCGCUGGACCGAAUGUUGUGAAAGUCGGUGAUUUCGGCUUCAGUACACAAGUUGAAAAUGUGUUUAACCCCCUGACAACAUUCUGUGGUUCUCCCCCUUAUGCCGCCCCUGAACUCUUUAAAGACACAAGCUAUAUUGGGCCUUGUGUAGAUAUUUGGGCCUUAGGAGUUCUAUUAUAUUUUAUGGUCACAGCUUCUAUGCCUUUUCAGGCACAAACUGUGGUGUUUCUUAAAAAUCUUAUUAUUGAAGGUAAAUUUAAGAUACCAUCUUACGUUUCCAAAAAUUGCAGUGUUCUCAUUAGGGGGAUUCUCCAACAAAACCUAAAGCAUAGGUUUAAUAUGAAAGACAUUAUGUUAUCAGAAUGGCUGUUUAAUCAGAAUUUUCCUGACGAACUAGAGAGAUAUAUAAUGUACCCAAGCUUUGAAAGUAGCUCUCGUUUGACAGAAGAAGAGCGGGAAACGCGACACCAGCUACGAAACCUGGGGAUAACAGAUGAAAUGUUGCAGGACUGUGCGAGUAGAGGGCCACGCAGUAACAUCACUGGGACUUUUAGAAUUGUGCUGUAUAACUUACAGACAAAUCCGCUAGAGGACACCUCGAAUGAUAGUGCGCCCGGAACAUCUCUAGCUGAAAGGAUUCUAGACCAAGAAUUCAAUGAGAAAGGUACACGAAAAGCCAACGAAGGAGCUAAACCUCCAAAUAAAAUAUCAAGAAUGUGUAUUUUGCUGUGA